AUGCCACCAUCUUCCAUGCUCCGCCUCGUCCGAAUCGCUAGCAAAACCUCCCGCAACAAAUCUCAGAAGCUCGCCAACAGAUACAACCUACAUAUAUCGUGCAGAGUGAAGCCGAACGCGUCCGGCGGCCGAGAGGGCAUCACCGCAGUAGGAAACGAGACAGUCGAUGUAUGUGUAGCUGCCGUUCCUAGGGACGGAGAGGCAAAUCUAGCUGUAUCUCAGGUCUUUGCAAAGGUGUUCAAUGUCGCAAAAUCCGACGUCGGAGUCAUCCACGGUCUGAAGUCUCGCGACAAAGUUCUCUGCAUCUUCAAUUUAGAUAUUGGAACAGAGACUGAGGAGAGAUUCCUCGAAAGAGCUGGUAAACGGCUGCAAGACGCCGUGAUCAAGAAAUAAAGCAGCGGCGGGUGCUAGGAUCGGUAUCUAGCUAGUCCUGGACUCCGCGGAGCCUUGUGCGGAAAU